UCGGGGACACAGGUGAGGUAUAUCAACAGUGUUGGGUGUAGUUACCAUGUAAUAAGUUACUGUGAUUUAAUUACAUUCCCCUUGAAAAACUAAAGUAAGGGAUUACUCCGAUUUUUUCUGUAAUUUAAUUACAGUUACUUCUGAAGAAAUUAAAGUAAAUACUUUGUGAAAUACAUGUGUGUGCAAUAGUGGAAUUGAUGACAAAAUUCAAGUCCAACUUUAAAAUCUGUGGUUUAAUGUACGGUAUAAUUCACAAUUUUGUAAUAUUUUGGUCAGUUAAUAAGAGUACUUUAUGUAGUUAUAUAAUAUUGAUUUGAAUGAAUUAGUUUCAUGUCUGUCCUUGAAUCACUUAACCAAUCAAGGUUGAUAUGGGAUAUAGAAUGUAAUUAGAAAUAAGUAAUUAAAUACUUUUUGUACAGUAAUCUAAUUACACUAUUGAAUAUGUAACUAGUAAUUCAUUACUUUUUCAGAGUAACUUGCCCAACACUGCAUCAUGAACCAAUACUGAUAUAAAAUAAAGAAAUAAGAUAUUAAAAAUAUAUAUUGAAGAAUCAGGCUAAUUAAAGCGUAACCUUUGUGAGUUCAAUUGUUAAUGUAUUGUCACAUGAGGAAUCCAUGAACAUCUUACUGUUACAGAACUUCAAUCUAUUAUAGAUGUCUCCAACGGGAUUUAUAAAAUGCGCCAUAAACAAACAUCUCCAUUUAUUUAAAGCAUGUUUAGGAUUUCUCUCAGUGGUGUCCCGUUAAUAAAUGUUUUUGGGUGUCUUAAGAUAAAGAUAAAAUCAAAGCAUUAGUUAUAGAGAAAAAAGUGGGCGUGGUCCACUUCUCCUCAGAACAUGCAGCAUUUCUCUCCUCUGUGCGUCUGUCUGGAGACAUACUGCUGCGUCUGAUAGCCCCUCCUCCCAAGUUAAGUUACACAUUUUGAAGUCUGUGGAUCUGUGUCAUACAGUCCUGUAAGGGUGAAUAUCGGUUAAGGCACCAGGAACUAUUUUCAGAUCUGCUGUUAAUAUUAACAGGAAAUGUAUUCCUGUCUCGAAAGCAGAAAUGUCUACUUCAGGACGCCCUACUCCUCCCUUCACAACCCUGACAAUCAGCCGCCCGGCCAAUGGCAUCACUCAUGUCGAGCUUUGUCUACCUGAGAAAGACAAUGAAUUGAUUGCGGCUUUCUGGAGUGAAAUGGUUGACUGCUUCAAGCAGAUAGCUGAAGACUCAGAGUGUCGUGUGGUGGUUUUCUCUGGGGCUGGCAAGCUUUUCACGUCUGGGUUUGAUUUUAUGGACGUGGCCAUUGAUUUACUACAGCCUGUGGGAGAGGACACAGCAAGAAUCUCAUGGGGUUUUCGCCAGAUCAUAGUCAAAUACCAAGAGGCUUUCUCUGUAAUGGAAAAGUGUCCAAAACCAGUGAUCGUGGCCGUUCAUGGUGCAUGUACAGGAGGAGGAGGAAUGGAUCUGAUCACAGCAUGUGAUAUACGACUGUGUUCACAAGACGCCUGGUUUCAGGUUAAGGAUGUUGACUUUGGUCUGGUAGCUGAUCUUGGGACUUUGCAGCGUCUUCCCAAAGUUAUUGGAAGUCGAAGUCUGGUGAACGAGCUGGCAUUGACUGGCAGGAAGAUGUAUGCAGAUGAAGCCAAAAGCUGUGGAUUGGUCAGCCGAGUGUUUCCAGAUAAAGAGACCAUGAUGGCUGGAGCUCUGGAGAUGGCAGGAGAGAUCGCUAGCAGGAGUCCUGUAGCAGUCCAAGGAACCAAAAUCAAUCUUGUUUUCUCCAGAGAUCACAGUGUUGAAGACGGCCUGAAGCACAUGGCCAGCUGGAAUAUGAGCAUGUUACAAACCCAAGAUCUGAUGAAGUCAGCUCAGGCAGCUAAAGAGAAGAAAAGCCCUAAAGAUGUUGUUUUCUCAAAGUUCUGAGACUCUGUGGGACCACCAACAGUAUUCUUUUGGAGUCCAGUUAGAAGUGUUAUGUUUUUAUAGGUCUUGUAAGCUACAAUAAAGUUUGAUUUCUUGUUUUUGCUUUUAAUGAUUUUGAAUGUAAAGUUAACCAAAAACAUGUUGCCAUGUACUGAGCUGCUUGGAUGGUGAAUUGGGAUUUUAGUUCUUCAGCAUCAGACAGAAAGCUCUUUAUGCCCCGAUUUGUGACUCCUUCAG